CCAUCAUAAGACCCUCAAAAAUUAUUUCUCGAAAUUUGUUUGUCCCUCCUUUGACUCACCUCGACAAAGCAUCCUAUCGACUUAAAAGAACGACGGCGCAGUUGCUCUGGGCUUACCAAGUUAAUUGAGAAUAUUGACUACCAAACCCUACGAAUUGAUUGGGUGAUUGCUUCAAUUAGUCUUCAAUUCGCCAUUCGUCGUUCGCCUCUUAAGAAUCUUAAGAUGUCGACAUUCGGGAGCUCUUUUCGGGUGACCACCUAUGGCGAGUCUCACUGCCGAUCGGUGGGAUGUAUCGUCGACGGUUGCCCCCCGGGCAUGGAACUUACCGAGGACGAUAUCCAGCCUCAGAUGACACGCCGUCGACCGGGCCAAAGCAACAUUACUACUCCUCGAAAUGAGAAAGACCGCGUCGUUAUACAGUCUGGUACCGAGUUCGGGGUCACGCUGGGCACCCCAAUUGGACUCGUAGUUCUCAACGAGGACCAGAGACCCAAGGACUAUGGAAACAAGACGAUGGAUCUCUACCCCCGACCGAGUCACGCGGACUGGACCUACCUUGAGAAGUACGGUGUUAAGGCGAGCAGUGGCGGUGGACGAAGUUCGGCUCGUGAGACCAUUGGCAGAGUAGCAGCUGGUGCUAUCGCUGAGAAGUACCUUAAGCUUGCAUAUGGCGUCGAGAUCACUGCCUUUGUCUCGUCCGUGGGACAUGUUAGCCUAUUCCCACCCACCGCCGAGUUUCCAAGCCCGAGUCAAAACCCCGCAUUCAUAGAAUUGAUCCAAACGAUCGACCGCGAAACCGUCGACAAGUUCUUACCCGUACGAUGUCCAGACGAGGAGGCUUCGCGCAGGAUGGCGGAUUACAUAGGCGAAGUCAGGGAUCGCAACGAUAGCAUUGGUGGAACUGUGACGUGUGUGAUCAGGAAUGUGCCGAGCGGCUUGGGGGAGCCGUGCUUUGAUAAACUAGAAGCGAAGCUUGGACAUGCCAUGUUGAGCAUACCCGCGACCAAGGGCUUUGAAAUAGGCUCCGGUUUCGGCGGUUGCGAGGUUCCCGGCUCUAUCCACAACGAUCCUUUCAUCAGGGCGCCGGACACAGCCGCUGACACGGAGACCGGCGCUGGACGUAACGGAACGCCUAGGCCGAAAUUAACGACCAAGACGAACAACUCGGGAGGCAUCCAGGGCGGCAUCUCGAACGGCGCGCCUAUCUACUUCCGUAUUGCUUUCAAGCCCCCUGCCACUAUCAGCCAGGCACAAAAGACGGCUACUUAUGAUGGAGACUCUGAAGGUGUUUUAGAAGCCAAGGGUAGACACGACCCCUGUGUGGUGCCGAGAGCGGUGCCAAUUGUCGAAGCUAUGUCGGCAUUAGUAGUCAUGGAUGCGCUAAUGCAGCAGAUGGGAAGACACGAGGCCCGAAGGCAUCUUCCACCCCUAAAGCAGACGAUACCACCGGCGGAUAAUGGUGUUUCUAUGGAUACAAAAUAGAGGUCUGGUGAUAAAAAAAAAUUAUGUGAAAAGGCGUUUGCGGCAAUUUUGUGCGAUUUAUUAGGUCAGAAAUAUACAUUGCGGUGUUCAAUCUACCUACCUGAGUCGUUUAGUAGAGCUCGCAUAUACAAUAUUGAAACCACUAACUAUGUGUAGACUGAGCUCGGUGUUCACUACUUACGAAUUACCAUUCCUAAAUAAUAGAAUUUUCAAAUCUAUUCAUUUUUAUGAUGA